AUGCAUAGGGCGCUGACGGCACGGCUACUUAGGCAGGCUCUGAGGGUAGGCGAAGCUGCGCCUUCAACGGGACUGCCUUUAUAUCUGUGUCCUGCAGCUGUAGGACUCUCAAGCAAGCUUUCGAGUAUAAGUCUAAGAGCUUCAACAAGCAUUUCCCAGCGACGAGCAAAUCACACCGAGGCUGUAUCCAGCAAUGUCGAAUCAGCUGCAGAGUCACAAUCAACCGAAAUAUUACAGAAGCCAGUUCGAAGAUUGCCAUGGACUUGUUCUGGGUGUGGCGCAUUCACGCAGACUGAGGACCCUGAGCAGCUUGGAUACUAUGAUGUGAGCAAGAGGAGGGUGAGGGAAUGGCUACACCCUAUUGCGCGACGUUCAAGUCCUCUGGAAGGCGACGAGGAUAAGAUUGUCAAUGCUGCGCUAGAAUCUUUGGACCAGGGCAGAUUGAAAGAGCUUGGUUUGGAUCCCGCGACGCUUGUCGAAGGCGAUGGGACAGAAAACGAGACCAUGAGCUUGACAUCGCACCAAAAGGCACCUGUUUGCGAUCGUUGUCAUGACUUGCUACAUCAUAGCACAAAAGGCGACACUGCCAAGGUCACCAUGUACCAUCCAAGCGUCGAGUCUCUGCGAGAGACAAUUGAGGAGUCGCCUCACAAGUAUAACCACAUCUACCACGUCAUCGAUGCCGCCGAUUUCCCCAUGUCUCUCAUUCCGCGGCUCAAUGUGCUGCUGGGCGACGUUCCACUACGCACGCGCAAUCGACGCUCCCGAGCGGACAAGUACCAGAACGAUCGCAAGACCGAGAUGAGCUUCAUUAUUACAAGGGGUGAUCUCUUGGGCCCGACCAAGGAGAUGGUGGAUGCCAUGAUGCCUUAUUUGAAAGACGUAUUGCGCGAUGCACUGGGGAGACUUGGCCAGAGAAUCCGCCUGGGCAAUGUCAGGUGUGUCAGCGCGAGACGAGGAUGGUGGACCAAGACAGUCAAGGAGGACGUCUGGAAUCGUGGCGGCGCUGGGUGGAUGGUUGGUAAAGUCAACGUGGGGAAGAGUCAGCUUUUUGAAGCCAUCUAUCCAAAAGGCAGAAUGAUCAAGAAACCCGAGCGGGCCAGCGGUUCGGCGCAUGUCAGAGGCUCAUCUACCAGCAAAUCAACGACGAACGAGGACGACGAGAGUCUAGCAACUGUCAAUUUUGGAUCUCUCCUUCCUCCUCCCCAGCCGGCCCAGAAUUAUCCCGACAUGCCCAUUGUUUCGUCACUUCCAGGAACAACUGCAUCUCCCAUCCGUAUCCCUUUUGGCAAUGGCAAGGGAGAGCUUAUCGAUCUGCCAGGGUUGGCGCGCAGCGAUCUUGAGCUGUACGUAAAGGAAGAGCAUAGGCAGUCGCUCAUUAUGAAAAAGCGCAUCAUUCCGGAGCAGGUUACUGUCAAGCCUGGAUCUUCGCUUCUUCUAGGUGGGGGACUGAUUCGUAUCACCCCUCGAACUCCAGACAUGAUCUUUCUCAUGUACAAUUUUACGCCACUUCACGAGCAUUUGACCUCAACGGAAAAGGCUAUCGCAUUCCAAGGCCAAAGUCACCAAUCCAUUGGCCUUGAAAAUAUCACUUUGCCAGGAGCUGGAGACAAGAUGAAACACGCUGGCACAUUCAAACUCGACCACGAUGUAACUAAAAAGAGAGCUGGUCCGUUAACCAGGAAGAGCGCAAUUGGGUUGAGCGUUGAGCAGCUACCAUUCCGUGUGCUGUCUGUGGAUAUCCUCAUCGAAGGCGUUGGAUACGUUGAGAUCGUCGCUCAGGUGCAGCUGCAGCCUCAAGAGUCGUCAGACUGGCCGGCUGUUGACAUCUACUCUCCGGAAGGCAAGUUUAUUGGCUCGAGAAAGCCCAUUAACGGAUGGCUGAACAACAAGCCACGCGAGCUGGCGGAACACAAGAAAAGCCGCCCAAGAAGAAGCAUGAAGGGGGCGAAGAAGCUUGAAAAGCAGCGAAGGGGCGAGCACCACGAUGCAUGA